GCUAUGUCGCAAUUAAUUCGUGAUUGACAUUCGCUUUAAUAAAUGGAGUUGUAGUGCUGUUUGAUGAUUAUCAUAUGAUAUAUACAAAUCACAAUGUUAAUAUUAUUGAUUAAAAUAAUUAACAUGUAACUAGUUUCUGUUUUAACUUGCUGUUACUGGAUAUAACAUUAUAACUACAGUAUUACGUUAAAAUUAUUUUUCUGGUAUUAACGUUUACUGAAUAAUAGGCUUAGUACAUUAAAUUUUAACGUAGUCGGCUCAGCUUGCUGAGAUAAAUCUUCCUUGAAUUUGAAAGCGAAAGUCAAAGUGUCAUCAACAACGACAAAAAUGGGUCAGAUGGAAUGGGCUGUUUGGGCAAAUGAACAAACUUUGGCAAGCUCGUACAUUUUGAUCAUAGGAGCAUCAGUUGGACUUUGUGGAAUAUUUGAUAAAUGGGGAAUAGCUGUCUUUGGCCUAAUUACAGGAAUUGGUGUGCUAUUUAUUGAGUUUCCAAGAGGCUUGAAUAAAAAAGGACAAACAAAAAAGAGGAGGUUGCAGGAAUGCAUUGUUCUUUAUGUUUCUGCUACUGGACCACUUGCACGAAACUAUUAUGUCCGCUUUUGUGUAUACAUGUGCAUUAUGUUGGCUGUGGAUCGUGUGUUUUUGCCUAGCAAUGCCUUGUUGUUUCAUGCUUCCAACAUUUUUGGGUGGAAUGUGUUUGUUCAUGGGUGCUUUCAUCUACUUGAUGGCAGCUGUUAAUGGUGAAUCAUGGAAACCAGGUGUUGAAAAAAAACCUGAAACACAACUUUCACAAGAAAGAACAGAAAAAUCUCCAAGAUUGACUCAUCGCUUUGUUGAUGCAAAUGAUUGUCAGGUUUCCUUGUCUAUCACUGAAAUGCGAGAAACAGUUGUUUGAAAUAAGAUUCUCUUCUGACGUGCCAAAUCUAAUUCAGUAUACUUAUACAAGCUUUUAUAGACAUAUAAAUGUCAUUUGUUUUUUUUUAUUAUUAUUUUAGUGUUUUUAACUUUUUACAUAUAAAAAUAUGGUUUGAUAUGUCGACAUUUUAUAACAUAUUAAGCAUUUUUUACUUAAAUAUAUAAAAAUACACUAUGUUGACUACAUGUAUGUAGUAGACCUAUUAAGUGUUGGAAAUGGCUUGGAGAGAAACUUUGUUGAACCUUUCUGAACUUAUUGUUCUCAUGCCACGGGCUGUAACACGUACAUUGUCGAAAGGUUUUCAGACAAAAAUAUAAUUUUGAUUCUUUGUCACUUCUUGAAUUCUAUGGAAUAUUUGUUUUCAGAAUCUUCUAAAACUUAGCACACUACUUGCAUUUUGUCUUUGGAUUCUGUAGGGUGGUAGUCAGCUUUGUGUUCUUUUGUCUGUGAUUUGUUUUUAAGCUAUCCUGAAAAUCACUGUAAUAUAUAUAUAUACCAUGUAGAUUUUUGUAGAAAGUGACAAACGUGUACUCAUUUUUUAUAUCCUGAGAAAAAUUUGGCAUUGAAGUUUGAUAAAAAAAUUUGUAAUUUAUGAUUGUAACUUUUGUGAAAGGUGCACCAUCAGGUCAGCAAAAGCUUUAAACAUGUUUAUAUAGGUCGAAAGUUUUAAACCUCUAUUUUGAUUGAUGACUUACAGUAUUAUUGUUUUGUUAGGAUUUUAUGGUCUGAGAUUCGCUUUGAUACAUUUUAUUAUAGUUUUUUUUGUUUUUACGUAUAGUAGUUUAAACUAAGUGAAUGCAAACAUUUGCUAUUUAUAACUAUGACUCAUUGUACACAUAGUAAAGAUAUUUUAUUGUAAUGUUUUAUAUUCUGGAGCUAUGUACUUAUGGACAUUAUUUACUAAUAUACACCAUCAGAGUUGAUAAAUUUGAGCUUUGUAAGCAUUUAUUUCAAACAUGCUGUAAAAAUGUAUAAAAGACUGAGAUUUGCCAUAAAUUUAUUGUUAAUGGCUGUAAUGUUGAGUAUUCCUACUUGGUAGCAAAUGUUUUAACAACAUUAGAACUUGUUAAGUGGAAUUGCAUGUUUUGAGUGAAUGAGAUUCAGUGUUUAAUUAUUCCAAGUCAUUUUUGUAGUUAAUGUUUUGUUGAGGUGCUCUUUUUCUUACAGUAGCACGUUAAAGCAAGCAACAACGAUAGAAUAUAAGCUCAUGUAUGUUACUGAUUUACUUAUUGAGAUGCAUUUCAUUUAACUUACUAGUGUUCAAUGAAAUUAACUUUUACACUAUUAUGAAAAAAAUAAACUAUUUGAAGUAUA